AGAUCAUUUGCGAGGUUGAAGACAAGUGGUGAUUGACAAGAGCUCCUUCAGCCUUAAAUUGGCCAAUCUGCCAAAGAGAUUAAGUUCAUCAGAUACAGUGUCAGACCAUUGGACAAGCAACAAUGUCAAUGGUGGGUUUCAAAUACGAGGAAGCAAAACUAUUAGGCUAUCUCAUGGAUGAGAAGGAGAAGCUUGAUGUCAUCUCCAUCAUCGGUAUGCCUGGCUUGGGGAAGACAACGUUGGCGCGGAAGAUUUUUGAGAAUGAACAAGUAUGUUAUGAGUUCCCAAUCCGCAUUUGGGUUAAUGUUUCUCAAAAUUUCAACAGUAGGGAUGUGUUUCUCAACAUCCUAAAAAAAUUCACCAGCAAUGACAUGUCUGGCCUCAAUGACGAGGAGUUAACCCAAUCAGCUCGUUCGUGCCUGUCCAAAGAGAAAUUCUUGCUGGUAAUGGAUGAUGUGUGGAGGCCUGAGGAUUGGCAAGUCAUACAAACUACACUUCCCAAUAGUAAUAAAUGGAGUAAAGUCUUGAUCACCAGUCGUCUGAGUACUGUAGGUGAAAGUGCUAGAGUUGGACACUUCACGGAGCCUCACAAUCUUCGCUUCUUCAACCUAGAAGAAAGUUGGGAACUGCUGCAAUUGGUGGUAUUUGGCAAUGAAGAAAAUUGUUUCCCUGAGUUAGUAGACAUUGGAAUGAAAAUAGCAGACCAGUGUCAUGGAGUAUUGUUGACAAUUGUGGUGAUUGGAGGUAUUCUCGUAGAUCUAUUCGUCAAAACACGUGUGCCCCGUCUUUUGAAAACGUUAUGGGAUGAUGUGUUACGUAAUAUGAGCAAGUUUGUGAAGAAUGACGAGGAGAAGCGCAUAUUAGAAGCUUUGGAGUUGAGUUAUCAAACAUUGCCUAAUUACCUAAAAGAAUGUUUUCUCUAUAUAGUAGUGUUUCCCGAAAAACAUGUGAUCCCAGCUUGGAAGCUUAUGCACUUGUGGAUUGCUGAAGGAUUCGUGCUGCCUAAAGGAAGAAGUUUGGAGGAAGCCGCAAAGCAAAAUUUAAGUGAACUUGUCAGUAGGAACUUACUCAUGGUUGACCGUAAAAACCUAAUGGGUGAAAUAAAAACAUGUCGCAUUCAUGAUAUGAUUCGUGAAUUUUGCAAAGACAUAGUUGUGGAGCAGAAGUUAUUCCAAGAGAUAAGGAAAAAUAAGGGAGUAUUUGAACCUCCAGUUUCCGAGGUCCAAAAGUUCCACCGUCUUUGUUUCCAUUCAGAUCUUCCUGCAUUCUUCUCUAGAAAACCGAAAGGCCCUCACGUUCGUUCAUUCCUAUGUUUCUACAAGGCACCUGUCAACCUGGAAGACAAAUACCUAACAUCAAUUCCAGAUGCCUUCGAGUUGCUCAGAGUUUUGAAGUCGAUCUCCAUCCGAUAUAGUCAAUUUCCUGCAAAAGUGACCAAACUUAUUCAUUUAAGGUAUAUCACUCUACAUAUUGAGAAAUUUUCUAUUCUUCCGGAGCCCCUCUCCCAGCUAUGGAACCUACAAACUCUUGUAGUCGAGACAAAGUCACAUUCCAUUACCAUGAAAGCAAAUAUAUGGAAGAUGUAUCGUUUGAGGCAUCUCAAGUUGAAUGCAGCCAUAGUCUUGAACCCGAAAUGGGAUGGUGAAGGAGGCGAAAACCUCCAAAUACUCAGCAGAUUGGCACCCGAAUCUUACACAACAAAGGUUUUCAAAAAGGCCUGCAACCUUAUUGAAUUGGGAAUACGUGGUAAACUAGCUACUCUUUUUAGCCACAUGUCCAUGGAAAAUAUGGUUCGUCUUGAAAAGCUGAAGCUGAUGAAUGAUGUACCUACCGACUCUGAACCUCUCCCUCGCCUCCCUCGGCCUAAUUCUUUCCCUCCGAAUCUCAAGAGGCUGACAUUGUCGAAAACAUUCCUCGAUUGGGAGCAUAUGUCGACGUUGGCUGAGAUAAAAAGUUUGGAGGUGUUAAAGCUGAAAGAGAAUGCAUUUAUAGGAAGCUAUUGGGAUGCUUCGGCUAGUAUUUUCGACAAUCUCCAAGUCUUGGUCAUCAUAGAUGCAGAUAUUGUUCAUUGGUUGGUUUCUACGUAUAGUUUUUGUCGUCUUGGUUGUCUCGUGCUGAAAAACUGCGACAAACUCAUUCAUAUUCCAUUUGAGCUGAGCAAGAAGUUGGAGUUGCUAGAGAUUGAGCGCAUUCAAAGAUCAGCAAUUGCAUCUGCAAAGAGGAUCGAAGAGGUGAAAAAGGGUGAGCAUGUUCGGUUCAAGCUCCAAAUGGGCCCUGGAUGUGGGAUAAAACCUAAUCAUUACUAGCCUACCCCUAGGUGUGUAGAGAAAUUCGCCAGGUCCAGGGAAUGAGGAGUAAUAUCUACCAGGCGGAGGAAUUAAGCGAAAAAGAGAAUGAAAG